AUGAGUUCACCCAUCAUAACUGAAUCCUUCUUGAAAUGGGAUCCAGCUCAAGUAUCAAGUUACAUAUUAUCGGUAUUACCCAGUGAUGAACAACGAUCUAUGAGUACAACGUUUUUAGAUAAUAAUAUAGAAGGAUCAUUAUUACCAUUUAUUACUACUGAACAUUUAAAAGAAUUAGGUAUUCAGAAGUUACAUACUCGUUUAUUAAUUAAAAAAGCAAUUGGAGAACUUAUCACAAAUCAUUAUGUUAAAAACCCUCCUCAAUCAUUAAAUGAUCCAGAAUAUAACUUGAAUAAUAUCAAUAUCAAUAAUAAUUAUGUAUCAUUAGAAUCAUUAACAUUAUCAACGGUCUUAAUCAAGGAUAUGAUUAAGAAGAUUGCUUCAUUGAAUCGUCAAUCUCAUUCAGGUGAAAAUUCAGCCGAAUCUCCUAAUCUGAAUCUAGAUCUUAAAAAGUUGAAUGAUAAUUUCAUUAAAUUAAAGACUGAUUUAAUUCCUGUUAUAAGAUUAUUAAAGGAUUCUAAACCAUUACCUACUCCAACCUUGGAUCCUGGCCCAGCAUCAAAUUUGGAUUAUUUAGAUGCAGGGAAUAAUAAUAAUAAUGAUGAUUCAACUAUAUCAGCAUCGAAUGUUUCUAAUUUAAGAAAUAUGAAUAUGUCAAGAAGUAACAGUGUGAAUUCUCCAUCGGCAUUAACUAAUAAUAGUAGAUCAACUUCAUCAACUCCAAGUUCAGGAAAUUCAGGAAAUAAUAUCACGUCUACAACUGUGAGUAACUCAACUUCUACAACAUCAAUUCCAAGUCCUACCUAUUCCAAUCGAUUUUCUUCUGGUUCUAUCUUAUCAAUGGGAACAGGUAAAGUUAUUCAACAAACUAUUCCCAAAGUUUCAUCUAAUCAUGAUUUUAAAGUGGUUAAUCUAUCAAAUAGCGGAUCUAAUCGUAAUCUACAUGAUUUAACUAAUGAACAAAAUCAAUCUCAACCUCAAGUAAGACCUAAAUUAGUAGAAACUAAAUCAUCUUCAACUUUAAAUACAGCAUCAACAACAACCACAACCGCACCCUUAAAACCUCCUUUAAAAGCUCAAUCAUCAUUUAUAAAUGGAACUAACUCAAACUCUUCUUCUAAUACUACUAGUCAGUCUAAUACCCCUACUGCCACCACAACAUCUACAGUUACAACUCCUACAACUGCUACUCAUAGUAACGAACCCUUAAAACAAUUACGAGCAUCAACUGAAGAUUCAUGUCUUAAGAUCUUACAACAAGCGAUGAAAAGACAUCAUAUUCCUCGGGAUGAUUGGUCGAAAUAUGUCUUGGUCAUCUGUUAUGGAGAUAAAGAACGAAUCUUAAAAUUAGGUGAAAAACCAGUGGUUAUAUUUAAAGAAUUACAAGAAUUAGGUAAACAUCCUGCUAUAAUGUUAAGACAAUUAGCCACUGCUAAUGAAGAUUCUCAAGGUAAUCCCUUAUAUGAAGAUAGUAGAAUUGGGGAUGAUAUACCUGGAGGUACUUUAUAG